ACGAGUGCAGCGGGGAGGCUGUCAGUCCUCACCCUCCCUCCCAUUGGCUGCAGCAGGAUGCUCGGUGUCUCUCCUUCCUCCUCGAUCCUCAGAUGCAGCUGGAGCCGCCGCAGGUUCGCAAUGGAACGGGAAGCUUCACCUGUAGAUGUUUGACAUUACCUGCGUAGAAAUUAACCUACAAAGGUGCAUCUGAGGUAAAGGCUCGGCGCUUUCGGAUCUUGCAGCGACUGGAAUUAACUUCACCCCCCCAGUUCCUUUUGUUUUUGUGCGGGCGGCUGUCGCCCUGUGCUCCGGUGUCACGGGAUAGCGCAGGCUGCAUGGAGGGAUGUCGGCAUGGCUUGCACCAGGAGAACCAAAACUUUGGUGUCCACAUGCGUGAUCCUGAGCGGCAUGACCAACAUCGUGUGCCUGCUCUAUGUGGGAUGGGUAACUAAUUACAUCGCCAACAUUUACAUCAAAGUGCCCAUGCCUCUGCCAGAGAGAAAGUUAGAGGGGGACAAAAGAGGCGACACUCUCCGGAUCAUGGAGAGGCUCGAUCGGCUGGAGAAUGUGGUCAACCAGCACAUACAAGAGACUCCAGGAAGAAGAGAGGAUGGUCAGGCGGACACGUCCUUCUCUGAUUCGUCACUGUUCGCUCGCUGGGGUCAGGAUCUGAGUCCAGAAAACCGGCGAGUGGCGCUGAAGAUGUUCCAGUACUACGGCUACAACGGCUACCUCAGUGAUCGUCUUUCUUUAGACAGGCCGACAUCAGACCUGAGGCCUGAAGGGUGCAGAAACAUCACUUAUCCUUUAAACCUUCCUCAAGUGAGCAUAGUGUUCAUUUUUGUGAACGAAGCCUUGUCUGUCAUCCUGCGGUCCAUUCACUCUGCUAUCAACAGGACGCCUUCCCAUCUUCUCAAAGAGAUAAUCCUGGUGGAUGACAACAGCAAUAACAAUGAGCUAAAGGAGAAGCUGCAGGAUUUUGUUUCUGAAACCAACAGCCAGCAUCCAGGAUUCAUUAAGAUGGUGCGGCAUGCCAAGCAGGAGGGUCUGAUCCGGUCCAGAGUGAGCGGGUGGAGAGCUGCUACCGCCCCAGUCGUUGCCCUGUUUGAUGCCCACGUCGAGUUCAACGUCGGCUGGGCUGAACCCAUUCUGCAGAGAAUUAAAGAAGACAGAACCCGAAUCGUCUCACCAUCGUUUGACAACAUCAAGUACGACACGUUUGAGAUAGAGGAGUAUCCGCUGUCUGCCCAGGGCUUUGACUGGGAGCUGUGGUGUCGCUACCUCAACCCACCCAAGUCCUGGUGGCACAAGGGCAACAAGAGUGCACCGAUACAGUAA